AUGUUGAGUACUCCUCCAAUUGCAUUGACGCCUGCAAAGGAGAAACCAUUAGGCUCUUCAACACGACUUGCACGUCCUGUGAAAGAUGAUCAUGCCUCUUUCUGGUAUGAACUACAACAACAUCCACGAACAUUAGGAGAAUUACUGGCAAGUCCAAUUGGAGCAAAUUUUAAAUCAUGUCCUCGUUUAUUUGCACACUUACGAGGAGCUACAGCACGACGAUAUAAGGUGUUAUCUACAUGGAAACGUGUUUUUCUACUCUUCCAGUAUCCAUUUAUUUUAUAUUUUGAGAAUGAUAAAGAAACAUCACGUUGUAAGGGCCUUAUUUACAUGGGAGAGGAUUGUGGUUUAUUAUAUUAUGGUAUUGCACCAGAUGGAUCUGGUAAAUGCAAUGUAUUGUGUAUUUUACCAGUUGUUCGCCGAAGUAUUCACCACACGACUCAACAGGAUGAUGAAGAUAACUAUUAUCUUGCCUUUGACUCAUCAGAGAAAGCUAGUUGGAUGUUUAAUAUAUUAUCAGAGUCGAAGAAACAAAAGGAUAAGACGUCUCUUAGUUGGUUUGGUUUACAGGAAACUUCUUCUAAGGAUGCAGGGAAUGGGCAAGAAAACACAUUUACUGGCUUUUCACCAUCAAGUGAAUCAACAUUAGGUUUAAAUCCAUUACCAUUGCCUUCUUCUUCUUCUCCAGAGAUAUUAUUGUUAACGCGAUACAAUAAGAGAAAGAUUGAGGAAGUCACUCCAUCGUGUGUGAUAUCUUUCAUUCAUACGCUCUUAAAAGAUUGUCGGAAGUUUGUGACGACAACACCGUUUCCACAACCUUAUUUACUCCAAGAUAAUCAAUCGGAGAUAUCUUCACAUAAUAAUAAUAAUAAUAAUAAGAGAAAGAAUACAGUUCUUCAUUCUUGCAGAUCUUCAUACUUUACUGAAGAAAGACGACUUGUUAUUAACACGGAUCAGGUUCACAUAAAUGUUACAUGUAAACAUUGUGGAGAAUCCCCUGUUAUUGGAUUUUUGUAUACUUGUAUAGAUUGUAAAGAGGAUAAAGUCUCAUUAUGUGCAGCUUGUUUCCGCCUUGGAAAACAUAUCCCACAACACAAUUUUAGUGUUAAUCCAGAUCCACAUCGUUUUAUCUCUUUACUUGGCUUGAAGGAAUCCGAUAAAAGUAUUAUACCUCCAUCUUUUCUUUUACCUCCUCUGGAAUAUUCUUGUUGGCCAAAUUUUCUUAUAUCGGAGUUAAUUCUUAUAGAGAUUGUAUUCCGCCGUAUUACUGGUCAACACGAGAGUGGUACCUCAACGAUGCCUAUGCGUAAAUCCACCUUAUUAUUCUUUUGGGAAUGGAGUGGAGUGGAAAGUGUACUUUGCCUAACAGAAAAAGAUCUUUCUCGUGUUUGUCGACAUAUGGAUAUUAUUGAAUUUCAUGAAUUUUGUUUGCUAGUUCAUUUAAAACUUUGUUCCACACAUGCGAUGGAUAAGAAGGAGAGUAACAGAGAAUCUAUUCAUGAAGAAGAAGAAAAAGAAAAAGAAGAAGAUAGAGUGCUAGCAGAGUUAUGCAGGCACUGUAUGGAGAGAAGUGAUGUUGAGGCCUUUGUAUGUAUAGAAUUGGGUCUACUUCGUCUACUCGCCAUGUUAUUUGUAUUUGAAGAACUGGAAAGAGAAACAUCUGCACAAGAUAUUCAUGAUGUGAGAAGAAUAUAUAUACAUACACUACAUCUUAUCUUAACACAAGAUGCACUCUUACGAUCAAAUGAGAGUAUAAGUGGAGAAGAGACCACAACAACAACAAUGAUAACAUCAUCAGCAUCACUUCAUAAACUUUCUUGUGAAGGGACUGCUGGGUUAUUAGACUGUUGUGCUCUGCUGAUAUUACUCCGUCACUGCAGCGGUGUAUUUCACCCACAGAAGAAGAUUGAAGUGUUUGAUAAGGGCAAAUCAUUCCUUACACACGCAAUAGAUAGAAUGAAUGCAAAGUUAAUGAAAUCACAAGGGGACCCAUCUAGUCGUAAUAGUCUUCACGAUAACAAAGAUCCUAUUCAAACUACUACUACUACUACUACUACUAAUAAUAAUAAUAAUAAUAAUAUUGUUGGUAUUCCUUCUGAUAAUUAUACAAAAGAGGAAAAUAGUGAUAAUAUGAGUAUACUUCCACUUUGGUUAAUUGUGGAAGUUUUUCAUUACACCUGUGCGAGGUUUGACAUCACAUUAAGUGAUCACAGUGCGUGUGAGAUGGUACGCCGCUGGUAUGUUGGGGCGCAACUGAAAGAGGAAUACAUGUAUGUAAGUUCAACAGAACCUCAUAUAAAAGUAGAUUCUCUUUAUUAUGUGGAAUUUGUAGAUGCAUACAAUACUAUUCUAUCCAUGUGGCGAGAUCGAAAAUUAUAUAUUUCUCUUCUACAAGAAAAUAAUAAAACCGAUAAGAGUGACUUUAUGGGAUUUGAUAUGAAAAAGAAAAGAGAAACUUUAGAUUCUAAUCUUGUGAAUAUAAACUUUUCACUUCGUCAGGUGUUGGAUGAUGUGUUACGUUACUCGUUAAGUGAUCCACUUCAUUAUUAUACAACAAUGCCGGAGAGUCUUCACCCAAACGGCUGUGAUGGCUGCGGUAUGAUUCCCAUUAUUGGAUAUCGCUAUCGAUGUAAUAUGUGUAAAGAUUACGAUUGGUGUCUGCGUUGUUAUCAAAGUAAGAAGGAACAACAUAAUCCAAGGCAUACCUUUUCACGGUAUCCAGAUUGA